CAGAAACCCCGAUGCCGACAACUAUUUCAACAUUGGUGCGAACGACCAUAAGGGACAAAUUCCAUUUUCGGUUGAUACCGGAAAUGUUGAUGCCCCGACUACUAGUAGACAACCCUGAAAACCGGAAAAAGAUCAAGUUUUUCGUGCCAAUAUUGGAUGUUCGUUUUGUGAAUGGACAACUGGAGAGUUUGGAACAGGAGGGCCUCCGUGUGCUACCGAUCACAUGGAUAGCAGAGAAGAAAAAGCAGGAACUUCAGAAAGAGGAGGAGGAGGGGGACGCAGAAGAUAUGGCGGAAGAAGAAGAGGAGGAGGAGGAGGAGAAAAAUAUGGCGGAAGAGGAGGAGGAAGAAGAAGAAGAGGAGGAGGAGGAGGAGGAGGAAGAGGAGGAGGGAAGAGGAGGAAGAAGGCUUGCGGCACCCAAGCGUUCAUAAUGGCAGAUCCUAUCUAGCCUAUUCUACAAUGCCGCUGAUGACGUCAACAGCUCCCCGAAGUACGAGCAGAUCUCGGCCAAUGCGGCACGCUUCAAGCACCAGUGCAUGCCUCGACAAGGACAAAGAAAAUGUCAAGCGUCCUGGCUCGGGAAACUGAGCACCGCGGGAAGUGCAGCGACAACACUUCCCAGUCCGCCGGAGUCGGCUGCCUUGCUAGCAGCCUCUCUCACAUCCGGGGACACCGCGACAGUCGCAAGUUCUCGCGUUGAGUACGAGAACUAUGUUGUCGAGCUGGUCCCACCGUUGAACCAGCCUCUCCACGUGCAAGAUUCAAGCAUAUGCGCGACAGUUCCGCCGUCGGACGAUGAACCGGUGGCUUUGCCAGCCAUCUUAUCGGAGGAUCCGUCAACUUGGGCGAGACUUGAGGAUCUCGACCUGUUGACGGUUGAGGACUUACAAUGGUUGCCUCUGCCCUCCACCGGUUCUUUGCCAACUCCGCAUUGCAAUGCCUUAAUGGCACAUCUACGCGAAUACUUGCACAUUGCAGUACCACCUCCGUCGACGGACGGCGGAGUAGCGGUUGUUGAGCUUUGCAAUUUUCUUGCGAAGAUCGACUGCGAGUACGCAACGCAACGGUACGUCGACACCGACACACCGCUCCUCUACAUCCGCAUUCAGAUCGGAAAGGUGACCUGCAGUGCCUUGAUCGAUUGUGGAGCGACUCGCAACUACAUCAGCCAAAACUUCAUGGCACGCGCCGGGCUAGGCCCGCGCGUUCGAAGGAAAAGUCAGCCUACGCACGUCACGUUGGCCGAUGGUCACGCGCAAAAGUCAAUCGACCGAUGCGUUGACUCGGUGCCCGUGUCCUUCGCCCUGCUAGCAAGCGAGGCCGUGUCCUUCGACAUAUUGGACACCAAGUUCGAUAUGAUCCUAGGCAUGUCAUGGCUGCAAAGCGAAGACCAUCCGGUGAACUUCCAUCGCCGCACCGUUCACGUUCGUGAUCGGCAUGGCGAACUAGUUCCGUGUACGGUGCCGCUUCCUCAUCCUUCGAUUGGUUGUCACGUGGUAUCCGCGGCGAGCAUUCGCCAAUCCAUCCGGCGAAAUGACAUCGAGGAGAUGGGCAUAUGUUUUCUUCACGCCCUCCCACCCGGUGAUCAGCCCAAGACGGAUACGUCGGAUCCACGCAUCAUUGAGUUGUUGGACAGCUAUGGGGAUGUCUUUCAAGCUCCCGCCGGAGUCAUACCGGAUCGGCCCAUACGUCACGGGAUCACUCUUGAGGACGACGCCGUACCUCCGCGCGGAUGUAUCUACCGCAUGAGCGAAGAGGAACUUCAAGUGCUUCGAGCACAACUAGACGACCUCUUGGCCAAGGGUUGGAUUCGCCCUAGCUGCUCGCCAUACGGUGCUCCCGUUCUCUUCGUCCGGAAGAAGAACAAGGACCUUCGGUUGUGCAUCGACUAUCGUAAACUCAACGCACAAACGAUCAAGAACGCCGACCCUCUCCCUCGAAUCGAUGAUCUUCUCGAGCGACUCGGCGGCGCCAAGCACUUCUCCAAGCUAGACCUCAAGUCCGGUUAUCACCAGAUCGAGAUUCAGCCAAGAGAUCGGUACAAGACCGCAUUCAAGACUCGGUAUGGGCACUUUGAGUGGAUCGUCAUGCCUUUCGGUCUCACCAAUGCCCCGGCUACUUUCCAAGCGGCUAUGACGACGGAAUUCCGCGACUUGCUCGACCGCUCCGUACUCAUUUACCUCGAUGACAUCUUGGUUUAUAGUCGGUCGCUGGACAAGCAUCUCGAGCACCUUCGCGCCGUAUUCGAGCGGCUUCGUAUCGCCAAGUACAAGGCAAACCGCGACAAGUGCGAGUUUGCCCAGCAAGAGCUGGAGUACAAGCUAUUCAAGAUUGGUCGGACCUCAAGUUCCCCAUUGGUGCCUUUCGAGUUUAGCGACGAGGCCCGACAUGCGUUUCACACGCUGAAGACGACUUUGCUUCAAGUUCCCGUCCUAAACAUCUAUGACCCGACGUUGCCUACCAAAGUGACUACGGACGCUUCCGGUUACGGCAUUGGCGCGGUUUUGGAACAGCAUGACGACACAGACUGGCAUCCGGUUGAGUAUUUCAGCCAAAAGGUGCCGCCCAUCAACACUCUUGAUGAUGCGAGGAAGAAGGAACUCGUAGCUUUUGUCUCCGUACUUAAGCGUUGGCGUCACUUUCUCCUCGGGCGUCGGCGAUUCACGUGGGCAACAGACAACAAUCCGUUGACAUAUUACAAGACGCAAGACACGGUGAGCAGCACGAUCGGUCGGUGGAUGUAUUUCAUUGACCAGUUCGACUUCACCUCCAAGCACGUUCCGGGCUCCUCGAACAAGGCGGCGGAUGCUCUCUCGCGAAGACCCGAUCUUUGUGCCAUGGUGCAUUCCACGUUCGGCCUCGACAAGGACCUCCAACAGCAUUUCGUAAAUGGCUACAAGUCGGAUCCGGGAUUCUUCACACUCUACGCGGACUUAUCAUCGGACCAACCGCCGACAAGCAACUAUCGCAUCACCGACGGCUACUUGCUCCUCCAUACGCGAGGCAAGGACUUGUUGUGUGUUCCCCAAGACCGCAUCUUGCGCACUCGCCUCCUUGGCGAAUACCAUGAUUCGCGGCUGGCGGGACACCUUGGCGUCGCACGCACACUCGCACGACUCCGCCAGCGAUUCCACUGGCCGGACAUUAUUAGCGACGUCAACCGGUACAUUCAGUCAUGUGCAGUUUGCCUCCGGAACAAAGGGCGCCAUCAGCUCCCGUACGGCGAACUGAAACCAUUGCCGAUUCCUCGGGCACCGGGUCUCUCCAUUGCUAUGGAUGUGACCGGUCCUUUCCCUCGCGAUCGCCUUGGUCAUGAUGGCAUUCUCACGGUCGUUGACCGUUUGAGCUACGACCGCGACACUCGUUUCAUGUCGACCUUUUGGACGACACUCAUGGUGGAAUCCGGCACCAGCAUGAAACCGAGCUCCGCACGGCAUCCUCAAACGGAUGGGCAAACGGAACGUGCGCAUCAGACUGCGCAGAUGAUGCUCCGCACACUCAUCCACCCGGAUCAGAAGGACUGGGUUGGCCGCCUUCCCGACAUUGAGUUUGCCUACAACACUUCGGUGCACCCAGCGAUUGGCGUGACUCCAUUCGAGUUGCACCACGGUGGACGGAAAGGACGUAUCUUCGCAGACAUUUUGCUUCCACGGGCUGCCGAUAUAGACGCCGCUUGCUCCCCCGCUUCUACACGGAAGUACAGGGAACUGCUGGCCAAAGCCCGCGCAAACAUGCAACAGGCCCAGGUCCGUAUGCAGCAGCAAGCGAACCGGCGUCGCAUCCCAUGUCCAAUUCACGCUGGCGACCUAGUCUGGGUCGCCUCCGAGGAAUUCGCGCUCGAUCAGGACGUCUCGCGCAAGCUCCUUCCGAAGUGGUUUGGACCAUGGAUGGUCACUUCAGCAGCUGGCGACGACCCCGUGGGCCCAUCAUUCAUCGUUGAGAUUCCCCCGCAUUUGACGGUCCACCCGAUCUUUCACGCCUCAAAGCUGGCAGUUUACACUCCAGCCUCCGCAGCGGACUUCCCGGGCAGACGGUCACAGGACCCUCCUUCAAUGGAUGGUCAUCAGGAGGUCGACCGCGUUCUCACACAUCGCAAGCAUGGCAACAAGCCGAUGCAGUACAAAGUUACAUUCAAGCAAUGCGAUCGGAACGACACACGCUGGAUCUCAAGAGCUGAUCUGAAGGCGACAGCCCCCUCAUCUUGGCGCAUUACGAAAAACAGCGACUUGCUAAGGAAGCUGCCCAACCUGCCCGCCCUGUACGGACAUCGGACAGACAGCUUCGCCCUCGCAGUGCUUUUGCACCAUACCUCCCACCUGCGAGUUGAAUUGUUUCUGAGGAGAGCCAUGUCGAUGCGGGUUACUGGAUUCCGCCUGCCUAUGAAUCGCAUCUUGGCAAGCAAGUGGCAGGUAAGCAACUUACACUUGGGCCAAUCGAUUGCAAGAGGUGGGUGCAGAGGCACUCAGCCAGCCGGAUGGCAUUCUUCAGACUGGAAGAUUAGCUGCAAGUCACAGUUCUCCACUGGGUGCAGCUGCAGGGUUGUGGAUCCUGCAGCACACCACGAAGAUCUGCUCGUUGAAGCCCGCCGAGUGUUUCCAGCAACAGGUUUGAGUCUCUGGCGGUCGUUGUCGGUGCCUGGGCAUCAACAUUGGACUAGGAACCUAUCAAGUGCAGAUCAGAGAGAAGCAGGAACUUUUCUGGGCAUAGACUCAGCAAGGCAAGCCCUGCCACUCAACCGACCAAGGGGUGGCAGCUGCAGAAUUGCAAGGGGGGUUCAGGACGUCAUCAAUCCUCAGCGACUAGUCUCAGGGUUUGCUACUACUGCAAUGGCGAGUGUGGCUUCAUCCCCUGCUGCGGCUGAUGCCCCAAUCAAGUCAACAUUAUCUGGGAGUGGAGUUGCAGUUCUGACUCUGGACCGUCCGCGUGCUCUGAAUGCCAUGAACCUGGGUAUGGACGAAGAGUACAAGAGGCUACUUGAUGCAUGGGCAGCAGAUCCCGCAGUUCAAGCUGUGCUUGUGGAGGGUGGAACCCCUCGUGCUUUCUGCUCUGGAAUGGAUGUGAAAUGGACUGCAAGCGUAGUCAAAGCCGAUCCUAGCAGUGACCUAGUGCCCAAGGUGUUUGCUGCAGAGUAUGUGCUGAUUUGCGCCAUUUCGCGUCUCCGCAAGCCGUAUAUCGCCCUCAUGGAUGGCAUUACGAUGGGGUUCGGGUUGGGUCUGUCUGCACAUGGGCGAUACCGUGUGAUCACAGAGCGCACAGUGAUGGCAAUGCCUGAGAAUGGCAUUGGUCUAUUUCCCGAUGUCGGAUUUGCGCACCUUGUGGCGAACUCACCCGGUGGUGGAGCUGUGGGGGCUUAUCUCGCUAUGACGGGUGCGCGCAUCAACACUCCGCAGGACAUAAUCUACUGCGGACUGGCGUCACAUUACGUUCCGUCGGAGAGCAUUCCUGCACUGCGCGAAGAAAUUGUUCGGAUGUCCUUCAGCACUGCUGCCAAUAGAAGUGCAGAGUCAGUAGUCGAGGAAGUUCUAGGGCGGUUUGCGAAACCAGUUGAGGGAGAGCCGCAGUUGAAGAAACUCGUUCCCGCAAUCAAGAGAUGCUUUGGCCAUGGCAUAAGCGUUCAGGAAACGGUACAAGGGCUUCAGAGAGAGAUGGAAAGCUCCGAUUCUGAGGUUUCUGCAUGGGCAAAGCAAGCUCUAGCAGGGGUGAGCAAGGGAGCCCCGUUCAGUCUUGUUGUGACGCAACAGCAUUUCGCUUCGGUGGCGAGUGCGAGGGCAAUGACAGGAGAUGGGAUUUCAGAACUAGCCGAGAUUGAAGGCGUCAUGCGAGCAGAAUACAGGUUGGCGAUGAGGACAGCGUUCAGGCCAGAUUUUGUGGAGGGUGUAAGAGCUGUUCUCGUCGACAAGGAUCAGAAACCGAAGUGGCAACCUGCAACACUUGAGGAGGUCGACAUCUCAGAAGUGAAAGGAUGCUUUGACCUGCUCGAAGAGGAAAAGGAAUUGGAAUUGCCGUGAGUUAGACUGCUUCAUUGCAUUAUGAUGAAUGACCUGCGUUUGUGAAUUUAUACUCCCUUGUUGUCAGCCUAUAUUUACCAAUUUGCCUUGAACGGACUCGAUGGUCAUCCGUUUGGCCCGGACAGCUCUGAUGCCAGGUAAUCAAUUAGCUUCUCGUUCUACGUGGCCUGAAAAUUGUCUUCCUGAGCACAUGCUCAGUUCUACUUUCUUUUUCUUUUUGGUUUGCAUGUGCAUUUCCUCCGGAAGACAGCUUAUUUCACUUCGGCACAGUUGUGUGGGGCUUGCUUGUGCACUUUUUGAUUUGCAUAAAAAAUAAAUGCCAUUGUCACAAUCUGUCAGUUAACACAUUCGCUUCACAUUAGCCAAUGUGUUUCUCAUCUUGAUAGUAGUAUUUGAAAUCCAACUAUAAUUAAAACUCAAGCAGCCACAAAAAAAGCAAAAAAACAAAAGUCAGGUAUAGCCAGGCAAGCUGGGCCCUCUCUGUGUUUGAGAACUGUGUGAGCUCUACUCCCGCAACAACCCAAUUAAUGAAGAAGGUGGGUGGGUGAGUGGUUGGGUGAGUCGGUGAGUGGGUGAGUUGGUGAGUUGGUGAGUUGGUGAUUGGGUGGAUAACUGCCUCUCCCUACG